AUGAAGAUCAGAUAUCAAGGAAAUGCUAGAGUUCAAAGAGCACAACUUCAGAUUCUUCGAAGGGAUUUUGAAGUCUUGGAGAUGAAGCAGGGAGAAACAGUAGAUGACUACUUUGGAAGGGUAAUGACAGUAGCCAAUGAGAUGAGAAAUUGCAGAGUAGACAUGCCAGACAUAAAAAUAGUUGAGAAGAUCUUGAGAACGCUCACGGAAAGGUUCAAUUACAUAGUCUGCUUGAUAGAAGAGUCUAAAGAUAUCAAUGGACUCUCAGUUGAUGAACUACGAAGCUCUUUGUUGGUACAUGAACAAAAGUUUCAAAAGGAUGGAGGUGAUGAGCAAGCACUUAAAAUCUCAUAUGAAGCUGGCAAUCGAGGAAGAGGAUGA